GCCUUCUGUGUUCUUGGGUCGUCGAUCCGAGCUUCGCAUAUUGGCUUGGUUGUGAUCCCGGGGGCUAAACUUGAGUCCCGGGUUGUCUCUGACGACCGUCACGUGUUCUGUGGACGAGUCGAGGUUGGCGUUUGCUUUUGUCUGUACUACAUGGGAGUGUCAGCAGAACCAGUAGUUCGUGAUCAAUCGUCGCUUUUUCAAUUGGGUAGAAUAAGUUGAAUUCAGCAAGAUGGAGAUCACUAACGUUAUGGAAUACGAGGAGAUCGCAAAGCAGAAAUUGCCGAAGAUGGUGUUUGACUACUAUGCAUCAGGCGCAGAAGACCAGUGGACUCUUAAGGAAAACCGAAAUGCAUUCUCCAGGAUCUUGUUCCGGCCUCGCAUUCUGAUUGACGUGAGCAAGAUAGACACGUCAACAACUGUGCUGGGUUUCAACAUCUCGAUGCCGAUCAUGAUUGCACCAACAGCCAUGCAGAAAAUGGCUCAUCCUGAAGGAGAGUAUGCAACAGCAAGGGCAGCCUCAGCAGCAGGAACAAUUAUGACUUUGUCCUCUUGGGCUACUUCAAGUGUUGAAGAGGUUGCCUCAACGGGUCCAGGCAUCCGAUUUUUCCAGCUCUAUGUGUACAAGGACAGGAACGUUGUUGUACAGCUUGUCAAAAGAGCCGAAAGGGCUGGCUUUAAAGCAAUUGCCCUUACUGUUGAUACUCCAAGGCUGGGUCGCAGGGAAGCCGAUAUCAAGAAUAGGUUCACACUGCCACCUUUCCUGACACUGAAGAACUUUGAGGGAUUGAAUCUUGGCAAGAUGGAUAAGACUGACGAUUCUGGAUUGGCGUCUUAUGUUGCCGGCCAAGUUGACCGGUCCCUUAGCUGGAAGGAUGUCAAGUGGCUGCAAACAAUCACCAAGUUGCCAAUUCUAGUCAAGGGUGUGCUAACAGCAGAAGAUACUAGGAUAGCUAUAGAAUGUGGAGCUGCCGGGAUCAUAGUUUCUAAUCACGGAGCCCGACAACUUGAUUAUGUCCCUGCAACAAUCACGGCUCUGGAAGAGGUUGUGAGAGCGGCUCAAGGCAGGGUUCCUGUAUUUCUGGAUGGUGGUGUCCGUCGCGGAACAGAUGUUUUCAAGGCACUGGCUCUCGGAGCAUCUGGCAUAUUUAUUGGAAGGCCGGUCCUUUUCUCGCUCGCGGCCGAAGGCGAAGCGGGCGUGAAGAAAGUGCUUCAAAUGCUCCGCGAUGAGUUCGAGCUGACCAUGGCGCUAAGUGGGUGCCGCUCACUGAAGGAGAUCACCCGAGAUCACAUCGUCACAGAUUGGGAUGCUCCGCGCAUCGCUCCAAGAUUGUAAGACGACGAUGCUCAGGGUCUAGUAGCCGGAUCGCUUCUCUGAGGCAAUGUUGUAUUGCAGUUGCUGGGAAUUUGACGUAUGCAUUUGUUGUUUCUUGUGCAGCUCAGUGCUUCGAUAUGCACUGUCAAUUGAGAACUCAGCAUUUUUCCCGUUAUUGGGUAAUAAUCCGAACGCAUAAUAAAUAAGGUUUUAUGUCGCUGUC